ACAGACCUGAGAUCUGAAGUUCCAACUGAUAAUUUUUUGCCAUUUCAGGUGACAGUAAUCGCUUCAAAACUCCGGGCAAGUUCCGGGCUUUCCCGGUUGUUUGAUUUCAUCCCGGAGAAUGGGCGACGGCGGGGUGAAUACUUUUGAGUUAACGACGCUUAUCUCCUGGAGCGACGACCUGGUUCGGCUCUUGAAGGACGGCGAAGAUGUCGGUGUUCUUGAGCAGCUUUCGGACGACUCUCAUUCCCUUCAAUCGCAGUGCGAUACUGACUUUGAAGAAAUUCAGAGGUCCAUCGAGGAUUGUGAAAAGAAGGUAGUUGAGUGCAAACACAAAACUGUGGAAGCAAAUUCUGAAGCUUCAACUGAUGCUGCAAUAGACUCGCUGCAGAAAGAGCUUGAAGACAAGCUUCAAAGAGAAAACAUGUUGAGAGAAGAACUGAGAUGAGUAUCUUGAGGCUCAUAUGCUGGUGCUUUUUGAUAUCUUAGAAUCUUUUGCUUGUGUUACUGAUCAAUGGUUUGUUUAUUCAUAUGUCAUCACAGUUAUCGCUGGUGAAAUAAAUGGUUUAAUACGUGAAGGAGACUCCAUUGAGGACAGGAGGAAAUGCCUUAAGCAGCUUGAGCGAAAUGACUCGAAAGAAGAGAUGAAGUUAUCAUUGUUUGCCUCAGUAACAAAUGUAAUCCCAUGCUUGGAUGACCAAUCAAAAACAUCAGGAUAUAUUGUUCAGGGAGACAAGUUCUUCGACAGAUUUUGCAUCGAUCCAAAAGAGAUGUCUGAGUUGGAACCUUGUAACUACAUUUGGAAGAUGAUAAACUCCUGACACGUCGUUGCUCUCUUGAGCACAUUUCGGUCCAACGGUGCGUGCCUGCAAGCAUUACAUUGCCAAUGCGCUUCUGAUUUCUUCUGCAAUUGCUUGUUGUGCUUUUGAAAUGCCUCUGUGUAGUCCUUUUUUUGUUUGUAUAGUACAAGUUGGUCUGUGUUUGAAGAUUAUUAAUCUUGAAACUACUUUUGUAGUUUGUUUUUUGCAAUUCUUGAACCACUCUGUUUGUAUAGUUGUAAUAGAGGGCCUCCU